GCGAAGUCGAUCUUCAUUUCCCACCUGUACUGUACGGUACAUAAGAAGACUCCGUCCACCUUCAGGUAGUCCAACAAUCGAAACACAAAUAUCAAAAUGAUUGUCGCGCCCCCCACAUACACAACCAGGGACUCCCCUCCUUCCUACGACGAAGUCGCCAGAAAACUGGAGGGCCUCGUCGGCGACCAUGUCACGCCCGACAGAGUCCUCGACGCGACGGACAAGCUAUCGGACGCCGAGAUCGACAUCCUGAUAAACGGCGCCGACGACCACUGGCCCCUGGAGACCGACCAGCAAAAGGCAGACUUUGCGGUGGGGUGCGGCCAAUGUCUAUCCUCCCCCGAGGGCCAGACUCGAUUCGCAAGCGCCGGCGACGAGGCCACGCAGGCGACCCGCGAUAUUGAGAACAUAUUUGCCGGCCUGCAUCUACGCAUUGCGCAGAUCGAUCGAAUCCAUCACUCCGCAUUCGAGCCCGAGAUCAUCAAACUCCAUCAUGCGUACCGAGAUGUCCUCGCCGGGAGCCGCGACUUUGCGGCCACGGUCAGCGUCCAGUCUAAGCGGUUCGACGAAAGCAUCCUCAAGAUUUGCGCAAAUGAGAGCAUCGCCAUCCAGACGCGUAGAAAUACUCUCGAGACGUACAUAGAGAGAACUACAGCGUUCCAAAGCGACGCCCAGAAAAUCACCGAUGGUUUCCGCACUGUGACGGACGACUUCGCCGCGUUUGUCGCCUCCUUCUCCACCUGGGCCAAGGACAAAGAAGGUGAUAUCACCGAGCAAAUCCGCCUUGUCGAGCAGGAGCUCGACGCUCUGCACAAGAAGCUGUAUCGGCUCGAGAGCUCCCUCCGCGCCUUCGAGAUCGUCUUCGGCGCGUCAAUUCCCGCCACCGGGACCUUUGUGAAGAUGUUCCCCGCCCUCGCGCCGUGGAUCGUGGUACGUAGUAAGCCAUCCCCAAGAUUCUCGAUCGCUGAUGUUUCAUCUCGAACAUUCAGCUCGGUGGCGUAAUUACCGCCCUCGCUUCUUUCGCCGCUAUCGCCGGUCUCGCGGCUGGCAUAUCCAAAACGAACUACCGGAUCCACCUCAAGACGCAGGAGAAGGAGA